AUGCACAUCAAAUACGCCGCCGCCCUUGCCAUAGUAGCUUUGGUACCAGAAAUCAGUGGCCACACCGUCUGGAACAAUGCAAUCGGUGACACCGACCCUACCAUCCGCGGCUACGUAAUCGGUAAACAAUAUAAACUCGAAAACCGCAAGGGAACGGGUCAAAUCCCCUUCCAACAGGACAUCCCCGUCCUAAAAAAAACACUAUCGUCCCACCCACCGCAAAAAGUAAAUGGUAGAAGAACCCCGCGUCUACUGGGCCAACGGAUGCGGAGCUACCAUUUAGACCAAAAUACUUGGUGGUAUACCCAUAAAGACAAGAAGAUGAUCGAUGCAUAUGCCAAAUUAUCGGCCAACCAACCAACGGAAAGUGAUUUUCUACUAGAUUCCGGUGAAGAAGAUGUUAAUGCGGAUGGUGCGGGACCAUUGAGGUGUAAGAUUAGCUCUACGGGUCAAUCGAGUAAUUGGAAUCCUGGGUGGUUCUAUCCACCGGUUAAAGAUCAGGUACCGGGUUCGGCGAAGGAUAAACCGUUUAAAGCUGCCGGUACGAUGCAAUUGUUCCCGUUUACGGUUACUAUUCCGAAGAAUAUCAAGUGUAAUGGGCCGUACGAGGGGAAGAGGAGCAUUUGCAUGCUACGCUGUGAGAAUUACGCCUUGAACGGUCCAUUUGGAGGAUGUCUUCCAUUCCAGCUCAUACCACCAGAACCGCAAGCUCCACCUCCACCUCCACCUCCACCUCCAGUCCCAGACAACAUUCAAAACAUUGGAAACACCACUGAAGCAGAUAAAGUUAAAUUCACAGACAAAGAAGCAAAAGAGGUCGUCGCCGCCGCCGGCCUAGAAGAAGUUGACGAAGCUGGAGACUCAGCUGAGAAUGUUGAAUCUGAAGCCGCAGUUGCGAAUACAAAUGAUGUUAAUGAAGAUAAGGCUGCUGCUGAUAAGGCGGAUGAUGAUGACGACGAAGACAGAACCGAUGGCAAGGAUACUCCUGCUGAAGAUGCAGCUGCUGAAAAAAGGGUUGUGAAGAGGGUCGUAAAGAGAGAUGCUGAUGAUGAUGCUGUCAAGAUGGCAUUGGGAGGAGAGGAUGCCCCACCUGCUAUGAUUAAGAUUGUGAAACAGCAGUUGAAGAAGGUUCCUGCAACUCAGAAGGCACAGUUGAGGCGGAAGUUGAACGCUGGGAAGACGGCGAAUAAGGCGGGUGCCAAGGAGAGUAUCUAA